AUCCUACGCAGCUUUCCUUAUCCUUCACCCCUCCACAUCGUACUAUAUUUCUCUAUUUCUACUUCCACACCUCUCUCUCUCUCUAUCCUACGCAGCUUUCCUUAUCCUUCACACAAACCCCCCCCCGGUCGCACUAUAUUUCUCUCUUUCCACUCCACCUCUCUCUCUCUCUCUCUCUCUCUCUCUCCUGUCUCAUUUCAAUAGUAGCAUCAUUUUAUUUACUCUACCAGUCUACCCGACUGAGAGAGGGGAAGAGAGAGAUGGGUUUGGUGUUCGAUGUAACUUGAUCUUCUAGAGAGAGCAAGAGAGAUGGGUUUGGUGUUUGGAAAUGUGAUCUGCUGUGAUUUGGGGUGAUCUGGGUUUAGGGCUUUCAAGUUUAGUGCUUGAUUCUUCUUCUUCUUCAAGCGCCAUUUCUAAUGGCUGGUAGUAAAGAAGUCGACCUCAAUGAGUCCAAGAUGGUGGUUCCACUAAACACAUGGGUCCUGAUCUCCAAUUUCAAGCUAGCUUACACUCUUCUCCGUCGCCCGGAUGGCACUUUCAAUCGCCAUUUGGCAGAGUUUCUUGACAGGAAAGUGCCUGCCAAUGCUAACCCGGUUGAUGGGGUUUUCUCAUUCGAUGUGAUAAUUGACCGCGAGAUUGGCCUACUUAAUCGAGUCUAUCGCCUUUCUGACACUGAAGGUCUUCCUACUAUGGUUGAACUUGAAAAGCCCUUGACCUCUGAUAUUGUCCCAGUUAUUAUUUUCUUCCACGGCGGAAGCUUUGCUCACUCCUCUUCGAAUAGUGCUAUUUAUGACACACUUUGCCGCCGCCUAGUGGGCAUUUGUAAGGCUGUUGUGGUAUCAGUUAACUACCGGAGAGCACCUGAAAACCAAUACCCUUGUGCCUAUGAUGAUGGAUGGGCUGCUCUUAAGUGGGUGAAUUCAAGGCCUUGGCUUCAAAGCCAAAAGGACUCGAAAGUUCAUAUAUACUUGGCUGGAGAUAGCUCUGGGGGUAAUAUUGUUCAUAAUGUUGCUUUGAGAGCUGUAGAAUCGGGGAUUGAAGUAUUGGGAAACAUAAUGCUGAACCCGAUGUUUGGUGGGGAGAUGAGAACUGAAUCGGAGAAGCGUUUGGAUGGGAAAUACUUUGUUUCUAUCCAAGAUCGGGAUUGGUAUUGGAGGGCAUUUCUUCCUGAAGGGGAGGAUAGGGACCAUCCAGCGUGCAACCCGUUUGGUCCAAAAGGUAUAAGCCUUGAUGGAAUCAAAUUCCCAAAGAGUCUUGUGGUCGUGGCUGGUUUCGAUCUUGUUCAGGAUUGGCAGUUGGCUUACGUUGAAGGGCUAAAGAAGUAUGGCCAAGAAGUGAAGCUUUUAUAUUUGGAGCGGGCAACAAUUGGGUUCUACUUGUUGCCAAACAAUGACAACUUCUACACUGUUAUGGACGAAAUAAGUGAUUUCGUUAAUUGUUAAUUGUUAAUAGACGUAAUCUUUUACUGACGCCCGACAAUACUUGAAAGCUUGACCUUGGCCACAGUUGUUAUCUCCUGCAAAUAUGCAUGUUUGCAAUUGUUUGAACUUUAGUACUCUGUAGUUGGUUUUUGUAAUUGCUGUUGUGCUACUUCGGUUGGUCUGGUUCAUCUCUGGCGAGAUAGCUGGCCUUUGGGAUGAUGAUUGAAGAAGGCAAUUGGUUCAGCAACUAGCUGGAUUGGAAAGCUGUCUCUAUAUUGGCUCUCAGGUGUUUGGACUAUGAGUAAUGUGGUUUUAUGUAUUUAGUGAUCAUAGGCGGCAAAGCCGUUUUAACUCUGUUUAGCAGAUCUACCGAAUCAAGAAAAUUACCCUUUCUGCCUGCUGUUGACAGAGGAGAGUAAGCUUUGAAGUGUCGGGGUAAUGUUUGGUGGCUGAUCAAUCCUAGGUCGGUGCUAGCUAACGUUUCAUAUAUGGCUAAUCAUGUGACAUGAAUGAAAAAUAUCCAUUGUACUGUAUAUAUGUGUAUGAUGUUUUGAUGCAAACGUUUUAGAACUAUAUGAGGAAGUUUGUUUAUCUAUUGUAUUUGUUGGCUUGUUCGCCUUC